CGGUGGGUGGGAGGCGUCGCUGGUCCUAUAUAAGGUCCUGCACACCCUCCCUCGGCAUCACUCUAACUUCACUCUUCAACCAAACAACAAUUUCUACAACCAUGCGUUUCCUCUCAGUACUGACGGUGUUGGCCGUGAUGGUGGCCGUUGCCUAUGGUGCUCCCGGCCUAUAUAGUCGAGGCUUUGGCGGUGGUUUUGGAGGCUUCGGUGGUGGCCUUGGUGGAUUUGGCGGAGGUCUGGGUGGAUUUGGUGGUGGCUUUGGAGGAUUCGGCGGUGGACUAGGAGGAUUUGGCGGUGGAUUCGGUGGAUAUGGCCGCCGGUAUGGAUAUGGUUAUGGCAGGUGAAGAUACCGGCUUCUGUAGCUGACAUCUGAUCUGAGCUCAGAUAUCGUCAUUGAUUCAAGAUCAUUAUUCUUUUAAAUAUAUUUCAUCUGCAUAAAA